AGUUCCGCGUUAUCCUCGGUUCGUGUUCGGUGUGUACUGCCGGGCCAGCGCUGGAGAGGUCACACACUUUUGCACUCUGUGCUGCUGGUGGCCUACCUUCAAGGCGGAGUCGCGUUUGACGUUUGAAGAAGUUUUUUUUCCCGACACGGGAAAAAAGUGAGGAUUUUGUGUGCUUUAACGAGAUUAUUGUGAAGGAUCCGAUCACAGGAUGUCACGAGUUGUGCUGGAGUGCUAGAUCCGGCGUGUGAGUGUGCCAGUGGGUCACAUUGCAGGAGCGAACAAGGUCACCGGAGCAAUAUGACAGCAGCAGUCUACUAUUGUGUGCGAGACGCCCGCUAGAUCCAUACUGUUUGUUUGUGUGCCGGAAGCUGUGACAGAUUCGCCUCGUCCAACCUUGGUGGGGAACAGUGAAUAAAGCAAUUACACCCACCCCCGGACCGGUUCCAGGAUCUGAUGGGUUGAGUGAGUGAUUGUACGUGUGUGUACGCCACACUCACACCGAGCGCAUAAAAAAUUAAUGAUGAUGAUGUGUGACGUGAUUUAAAACACUGUUUUACGGCGACGACGGUCCAGUGGGUUGUUCUGACCGACCAACGAGAGAGUGUGGGGAAGGGUGGGGGUUUGUAAUUGCAUUUCCCGUCAUUUAAAUUCCACCGAGAGCCCACCACCGCAGCAGCGCACCGGAAGUCUACUUUUGGGCGAAAGGAGGGAAAUAUUUACAUAAUUGUGGCAUGUGUGUUUGUGUGUAAUUACGUGAAAAAAACCAACAAAAGAAUUUCACAGAAAAGCGAUUUACACGCCACACACACACACUGACCGUGCAGCAGAGAACAAAAGAAGAGGACGGAGCGCGCAAACAAUAGAAGCCCGAGAUUGGCCGACCGAUCGAAGCAGGCGAAAAACACACACAAUCGAAAUUCAUUAGUGGGAGCGCGAGAGGCGUUCUAUUGUGUUUGAAAGGCGAAGAAGAACCGGUUCGUGAAAUUCACAAUCGAAGCAGGCCAGCAAAGGAAGAGAUAAAGAAUAAAAGAGGCGAAAAGUUUCUCAACGGAAGAAAUCGUGUUUGUAGCUCUGUGUGUGUUGGUGAAUAGUGCAGUGGAGUGCGGUAAAGUAGUUUGUGAAAAGAAAAAAGAGAAAGCAGCAACAAUGAGCUUUUGUCGGGAGUCGCCGUUGGCGUCGUCGCGGGUGGGGUGGGCUGUGGGUGGCGGCAGUGGCGCUAAUCUAGGAUUCAUUUUCUGUGGAUUAAUUUUCAUCCUGCUCGACGGUUACUCGGCGACGAGGAUUUUCGAUAUCGAGAGCAUCCCGAUGGUGCGGUACACGGCGGUCGCCGGCCGGAACGUCACCCUCAACUGCCCGGGCGUGAACGAGCACUCGCUGGUAGACGCCCUCGUCUGGAAGACGUCCCAGACGGUGGCCGAGUUCGUCAACGGGCUGCCCAUCGUGCGGAACCCGCGGGUUACACUGCUACCUGAUAAUUUUAGUCUCCACAUCCGGCCAACGGUGGCCUCGGACACGGCCGAGUACAGCUGCCUGGUGAACGACCGCCACAGCCCGGAAGCCAUCGUGGACUUGCUGGUGCAAGACGUUCCGGAUCCACCGGGACGACCGCUGGUGGUCAGCUUCACGUCACGUUCGGUCCAUCUAUCGUGGGCCCACUCGCAGGACUCCCGGAACGCACCGGUGUCCUAUUUCAUCAUCGAAACCAGGGUUGGAGAAAACGGCGGCUGGGAUCAGGCGGCCACCAUCCGGACCAAGGACAACGCGACCACGUUUCAGGUCAGCAAUCUGUUGCCGUUCACGGUGUACAGCUUCCGGGUGAUUGCGAUCAACGAGCUGGGACGUAGCCCGCCGUCGAAGGAGUCGUACUACUUUGUGACGCUGCGGGAAGCACCCACCGGCAAACCGGUCACCACGAUCGCCCACAACACGUCCGCCACGUCGCUGUACAUCUCGUGGAAGCCACCGCCGCCGGACACGAUCCUCGGCGAGUUCCUCGGCUAUCGGAUCACGUACCGGACGCGGGACCGCAACCCGGACGACGUCAAGGAGAUCUACAUCCGGGACAGCUCCGUUGAGAGCCACGAGAUUCACAACCUGGAAACGUACACCCAGUAUCUGGUGUCGAUCCAGGUGUUUAAUCCGGAAGGGCUCGGCCCGCCCACCACCGUCCUGGUCAUGACCGACGAAGGAGUCCCGAGCCGGCCCCGCAACUUGAGCAUCCUGGAGGUGACGUCGACGACGAUCCGGAUCAGCUGGCAGGAGCCGGAACGGAAGAACGGUGUAAUCCACGGCUACCGGGUGUACUACGUGUACCAGAACCAGACGCUGCUCCACCUGCCCAUACUGAAGAGCGAUGCCAUCCAGAACUCGAUCUACUACUACACGCUGUCCAGUUUGAAACCCUUCACCGACUACCGGCUAAUCGUGGCAGCGUUCACGCUCCGCUACGACGGUGAUGCGUCCGAGGCCGUCAUCCGAACGGACAUUGGUGGCCCGAGUGCGCCCAAGUUCGUCAACCUGACGUGCUACUCCGAGGACGCCCUGUACCUGGCGUGGCGAAUUCCGGCCUACUACUACAACUCGGUCAACCACUACAUCGUCAACUACCGCAACAUGGACUACACGCGCUCGCGGGAGAUCCGAAUCUCGGCGAACGCGUCCAUCGUGGAGACCUCGGUCGUGCUGCAGAACCUGAGCAUGGGCUCGAGUUACGAGCUGAAGGUGCGGGCCGCGUCCAUCAGCGUGGUGAACCCACACAAGGUCAUCCUGGGGCCGUUUUCGGACGUCAGGAAGAUUACACUGCUGGCCAACUGCGAUCAGCACCAGCCACCGUCGCUGUACCAUCACUACGCCGACUACGACCUGAUCGUGCUGGCCGGAGCGGUCAUCUGCUGCUUUGGCCUGCUGCUGGUCAUUCUGGCGAUUGUGCUGUGGAAAAAAUGCUUCAACACGAGCUACACCCACGAGCCGGACGCCAUCAACGGUCACCACCACGACCAGAAGCUCGCCCAGCAGCAACAACUGCAGCAACAACAGCAGGCCCAGCAGACCCAGAUCGACUGGAAGCCGGACACGAACGGCGUCAUCCAGACGACGGUGCCGGUGACGAAGCUGAUGCAAAACGGCAACCAUCGCCACAUGGCCAUCGACGGGGACUGAUAAAGGGGCCUGCUGCCGGGUGGUCACCGGACCAGCGCCGCCACCGGAGGGGGCACUGUCUUUGAGGAGGAGGAGGAGGAGGAGGAGGAGGACGAGCAGCAGGUCCACCGGUGGCCAACCCGGAUCGAGUGUCGUCACUCAUCUCCCUACGGCGGCGGUGGGCUUCCGCUGGAACUGGUCAUCAAUCCGGUGGCCUGAGGGAACGAAACCGGUCCGUUUGGCUCAAAUCUUGUACAGGUAGAACAAUUAAUUAACUCUAGAAUGCAAAGUGGGUGCGGAGAAGGGGACAGCGAGAAGCCACGUGUCGUGUGUUUGCCGCGCCAAGGCUUGCUAGGAUUAGCUUUGGGCGUCGUGUUUCCAUAGAGCGUUGGUUGACUGGAUGAUGAUUUUGUUUAAGCGGGUGAACGAAGCAAGCGACGAAUGAGUGUGAGUACAAAAAAGCGGUCUGAAUCGUGAGAGCGUGGGCGCGGGUAGAAGGAAUUGCUUCGAGCAGGCUUGUUGUGGUGACAAGUGUUUUAAAAAACAAAUCUAGAUGAAUCGUGAAGGAAAAAGGAGAAAACUAUGAUCGGUUUAAUGCCAAUACUUUUGAUUCUUAUUUUAAAAGAAAUGUAAUUAAUUGCCGAAAAAAGACAAAUUAUGAGAAAGGAAAAAAACUGACUCCCAUAGAGAAAUGAAAUUGACGAAAACAAUGAGGGGAAGAUGUGUGAUAUUUUUAUACAUAUUUUCGGGAUGUUCGAAAAAAGUACUAAGUAAAUUAUGCAAAUUAAGGUGGAAAUAAAUUUUAAACCAA